UUGCUUUAAUGUUUUUACCAGAUGAUGUACAUGUUGUUUUCACUGGACAUAGCCCCAGGGAAGGGAGAGCCAGCUAGGGAAUAGACAGGUCCCAAUGCCAAGGACAGCAGGCAGAAAGCUUCAGAAUUCAGUGGCUUCUGGUCACGUUGCAACAAGUGGAUUUAAGACAGAAAGAGGACCACACCUUGAAUCUUUUGUCUGGUGAUAAUUUAGAAGAUAGACUUCUGGUUUGUAACACUAGAUGGUGAGCACAGUCUCUGGCUGGGCUCCAGCUGCGUGGAGAAGGUUUUGCAAUGCCCACUGGAGACUUUGAUUUGAAGCCCAGCUGGGCCGACCAGGUUGAGGAGGAGGGAGAGGAUGACAAAUGUGUCACCAGUGAACUCCUCAAAGGGAUCCCUUUGGCCACUGGCGACACCAGCCCAGAGCCUGAGCUACUGCCAGGAGUUCCACUUCCACCUCCUAAGGAGGUCAUCAAUGGAAACAUCAAGACAGUGACCGAGUAUAAGAUAGAUGAGGAUGGCAAGAAGUUCAAGAUUGUCCGCACCUUCAGAAUUGAGACCUGGAAGGCCUCAAAGGCUGUUGCAAGGAGGAAGAACUGGAGGAAGUUUGGGAACUCAGAGUUUGACCCGCCAGGGCCCAAUGUGGCCACCACCACAGUCAGUGAUGAUGUGUCCAUGACUUUUAUCAUCAGCAAGGAGGAUCUGAACUGCCAGGAGGAGGAGGACCCCAUGAACAAGCUCAAGGGGCAGAAGAUCGUGUCCUGCCGCAUCUGCAAUGGUGACCACUGGACCACACGCUGCCCCUACAAGGACACGCUGGGGCCCAUGCAGAAGGAGCUAGCUGAGCAGCUGGGCCUGUCUACCGGCGAGAAGGAGAAACUGCCUGGAGAGCUGGAGCCUGUGCAGGCAGCCCAGAACAAGAUGGGGAAGUACGUGCCACCAAGGCUGCGGGACGGGGCCAGCCGCCGUGGGGAGUCCAUGCAGCCCAACCGCAGAGCCGAUGACAGUGCCACCAUCCGUGUCACCAACCUGUCAGAGGACACCCGUGAGACAGACCUCCAAGAGCUCUUUAGACCUUUUGGCUCCAUCUCCCGCAUCUACUUGGCAAAGGAUAAAACCACUGGGCAGUCCAAGGGCUUUGCCUUCAUCAGCUUCCAUCGCCGAGAGGAUGCUGCCCGUGCCAUUGCUGGGGUGUCCAGCUUCGGCUACGACCACCUCAUUCUCAACGUCGAAUGGGCCAAGCCAUCCACCAGCUAAGCCAGCUGGCUCCGCUGCCGCUGUUGGGUCCCUGGCCUUAGGGCCCUGCAGCAACCGAAGGCGGCCUCAGAAAGCAGGGGACUCCGAGGGCAAUAAAAAGGCUUUAAUCAAAAAAAAAAAA